UGAAUAGGAUUCCUCUUUACCAAACCAAGGGUGAUCUCCCUGUUGCAGCAAGGAGAAGAUCCCUGGAAAGGAGAGAAAAAAAUCCCUGGAAUUCUCGGAUGGAAGAACAGUCAUAAAACUACCAAGUCAACUCAAACACAAGACUCUUCAUUUCAGGGACUGAUAAUGAAAAAACUCAAGAUGAAUGGACCCUGGGACUUGAAAUCAGAAAAACUUCGUAUGUAUCAAGAUAAAUUUGCGAAGAAGUCAAAUGAAAAGGAAAGUUUUCAGAUAGUUUCAGUUACCCACAAAAAAAUCUUGACUACAGAAAGAAGCCAUAAGAGUACUGAAUCCAGCCAAAAUUGUAGCCAAAAAUCAGUUGUUCCCAGAGAAUGUGAAAAGCAAGGAAACAUUUUUAAACAGAACUCAAAUUUACCUACUCAACCAAAAAUGACAGCAGAGAAACGCUAUCAAUGUAGUAUGUGUGACAAAACCUUCAUUAACACUUCUUCCCUUCGUAAACAUGAGAAAAACCAUAGUGGAGAAAAAUUAUUUAAAUGUAAGGAAUGUUCAAAAGCAUUUAGCCAAAGUUCAGCUCUUAUUCAACAUCAAAUAAUUCAUACUGGAGAGAAACCCUACAUAUGUAAAGAAUGUGGGAAGGCCUUCACUCUCAGUACAUCCCUUUAUAAACAUUUAAGAACUCACACUGUAGAGAAAUCCUAUCGGUGUAAGGAAUGUGGUAAAGCCUUCAGCCGAAGGUCAGGCCUUUUUAUACAUCAGAAAAUCCAUGCUGGAGAAAGCUCUUACAAAUAUAAUCCAGGUAGGAAGGCAUCUAAUUACAGUACAUCGCUUCCUGGUCAAAGAAUCUAUUCUAGAAAAAAGUCUUAUUUAUGUAAUGAAUGUGGUAACAAUUUUAAGUCUAGCUCAUCUCUUCGUUAUCACCAGAGAAUUCACACUGGAGAGAAACCUUUCAAAUGCAGUGAAUGUGGGAGAGCCUUCAGUCAGAGUGCAUCACUCAUUCAACAUGAAAGAAUUCACACUGGAGAAAAGCCCUAUAGGUGUAAUGAAUGCGGAAAAGGCUUUACUUCUAUCUCACGACUCAACAGACAUCGAAUAAUUCAUACUGGAGAGAAGUUUUAUAAUUGUAAUGAAUGUGGCAAAGCCUUAAGUUCCCAUUCAACUCUUAUUAUUCAUGAAAGAAUUCAUACUGGUGAGAAACCGUGUAAAUGUAAGGUGUGUGGGAAAGCCUUCAGGCAAAGUUCAGCUCUCAUUCAACAUCAGAGAAUGCAUACUGGUGAAAGACCCUAUAAGUGUAAUGAGUGUGGAAAAACAUUCAGAUGUAACUCAUCCCUUAGUAAUCAUCAAAGAAUUCAUACUGGAGAGAAACCUUAUCGAUGUGAGGAAUGUGGGAUGUCAUUUGGCCAAAGUUCAGCUCUUAUUCAACAUCGAAGAAUUCAUACAGGAGAGAAACCCUUUAAAUGUAAUACAUGUGGGAAAACUUUUAGACAGAGUUCCUCACGUAUUGCACAUCAGAGAAUCCAUACAGGAGAAAAGCCCUAUGAGUGUAACACAUGUGGAAAACUUUUCAACCACAGGUCAUCCCUUACUAAUCAUUAUAAAAUUCAUAUGGAAGAUGACCCCUAGAAAAUAGAUUUGCAUGUGUAAAAGCCUGAAACCAAAGUUAAUCAUCGAAUACACAUUUGGAUACACAUAUAACAUAAUGGAUAGGCAAAAAAAAAAA